GCGGCCGCGGCGGGGAGGGGGGUGGGGCGGGACGGCACAGCCUCGGGUGCUCGCGCGAGGGUCCGGGGCCCGCGCUUUGCCUUCUGCUCAUCUGCAGCCAUCUACGUGUUUUAUUCUUUCUUUCCUUUUUUCUGCCCCCCUUUGCAAAUUUGAACAUUUUGCAAGACUGAGUGGUGUUGGAGGCAGGUGAGAAAGAGCAUCCUACACAGGGCCGGAGGAGUCCGCGGCGCUCGGUGCGCUUUCUUUCCCUGGACUGUCAGCACUGAGAACCCGAAAGUUUUCUUGUUUAUUUUUAUUUUAUUUUGAUAUUGGUACGCUGAUGUAUUUACAAAGACAGAAGUGAUUUUUCUUUUUCCCUUCCUUGUCUGCACUGUUUUGAAAGCGAGUACUUUUGGUUGGCAAAGGACGGAGGAAAAAAAAGCUCAUCAACAUUUUGGGGCGGCGAUUGGCCUUCUUUUUAAAAGACAAUUUGCGUGCAUCACGAUGGAGAAAAUGUCCCGACAGCUCCCCCUGAACCCUACCUUUAUCCCGCCUCCCUACGGCGUGCUCAGGUCCCUGCUGGAGAACCCGCUGAAGCUCCCCCUUCAUCCUGAAGACGCAUUUAGCAAAGACAGAGACAAAGGUAAGAAGCUGGAUGAUGGUAGCAACAGCCCGACCGUCCCCCAGUCGGCCUUCUUGGGACCCACCUUAUGGGACAAAACCCUUCCCUAUGACGGAGAUACUUUCCAGUUGGAAUACAUGGACCUGGAGGAGUUUCUGUCAGAAAAUGGCAUCCCCCCUAGUCCAUCGCAGCACGACCACAGCCCUCACCCUCCUGGUUUGCAACCUGCUUCCUCCACUGCUCCUUCAGUCAUGGAUCUCAGCAGCCGGGCCACGGCACCCCUCCACCCUGGCAUCCCGUCUCCGAACUGUAUGCAGAACCCCAUCAGACCAGGCCAGCUGUUGCCAGCAAACCGAAACACACCGAGUCCCAUUGACCCCGACACCAUCCAGGUCCCAGUCGGGUAUGAACCAGACCCGGCAGACCUUGCCCUCUCCAGCAUCCCGGGGCAGGAAAUGUUUGACCCUCGCAAACGGAAGUUCUCCGAGGAAGAACUGAAGCCACAGCCCAUGAUUAAGAAAGCUCGCAAAGUCUUCAUUCCUGAUGAUUUGAAGCAGGAUGACAAGUACUGGGCGAGGCGCAGAAAGAACAAUAUGGCGGCCAAGCGCUCCCGUGAUGCCCGGCGGCUGAAGGAGAACCAGAUCGCAAUCCGGGCCUCAUUCCUGGAGAAGGAGAACUCGGCCCUCCGCCAGGAGGUGGCUGAUUUAAGGAAGGAGCUGGGCAAAUGCAAGAACAUACUUGCCAAGUACGAGGCCAGGCACGGGCCCCUGUAGGAUGGCUUUUUUUUUUUUUUUUUUUUUUUUUUUUGUGGGCUGGCUUUUGAAUAGAUGGACAGCUUGUUUCCUGUCUGGUAGCACCUCACCCGAACCAACCUUUCUGACAUCAGCACUUUACCAGAGGCAUAAACGCAACUGACUUAUAUUUUGGUGUGCAUCUGUGUGUGUUUGUGUGCGUGUGUGUACGUAUGUGCUUAUGGUCCUAUGUGUGGUCAUCGGUGUGCCUGUGUGAGCGUGUGUAUGUGUGUAUUCCUUCACACUUGUCAUUUAAAGAUAGUCCUCUUGUUGUCUUUUAGUUCCAAACAAGAAAGGUGCCAUGUUUUUAUUAGACCCCGGAGACCCCCGUGGGGUUUCCUCCCUUCCCUUCUUCCCUCCCACCCCUUUCUGCCUUGCUCCGCCUUCCAGUGAUUUUACUUUGCCAGGGUCUGCGUGGCCUCAGGAAGCAGGGCCCUGCAUCUCAGUUACCAAGACCAUAAGCUCUUGUUUCUGUUUCAACCAUGAAUUCCCAUGCUCAAAAGGUGCAUAGCAUCCCCUAGCACUACGCUGCUGCAGCCGAAUCCCUUCGCAGGUUGCCCCCCUGCCCCUUCCCUUUUUCCUUCCUACCCGUUCUCAUUCUCCUUUCAGUUUUGGUGAUAACUGUCUUCAGAUCUAAAGUGCUGGUUAGAUUUAGUAGAAUCCCAUAUUUACUUACUGCUACCUACUAAGUUUCCUUUUAAUUCUACCAACCCCAGAUAAGUAAGUACCAUUUUAGAACACAGAGUGUGUUUUUGCACCGUCUGUACCUAAAGCAAUAAUCCUAGUGUACGCUAGAGCAUGCUGCCUGAGUAUUAACUAGUGGACGUAGGAAAAUUUCCCUACCUAGGAAUUUCACUGUCUUUUAAAAAUCAAAACUUAAAGUAAUGCAUUCGCGCAUGACUAGAAUGUUCUCAGGACAGGGAAGCAGAGGGCAAGGGAAGGCCUAAGAAUGAGGGGUUAAUUUAUCAGUAUGUAAGCCAAAAAAAAAAAAAAAAUGCAUCUUGGAGAAGCCUUUGUCAUGGGUGUGCUUCGUUUUGCUGUCUCCCCCUCCCACACCCAGCCCAUUCCCACUUUUGUAGUUCACUUUUUCCAUUUCCCUCCUGAUAUUCAAAACAAUUGACUUAGGAUUCAGUUCAUCUACUUUUUUUUUUUUUUGUAAUAUAUAUUUUUGGGGACGAUAUUUUGCCGUUUUUAGAAAUCAGUUGAUUAAGUUAAGAAGUUGAUGUUUUUGUAAGGCCCCUCCCCUUGACCCCCUUUGGUGUCCUUUUUGAAUGCCUCACAAAUGAAUGAUUCUGGAACCCAUGUUUCUUAUCCUCUGUUCGCUUUUGAACAUAUGUGCGCCUAUCACGUGGACUUCUGAAAAAAAAUGAAUGUAAAAGACACUGGUGUAUCUCAGAAUGGGAUGGUGUUGUCACAAACUGUGGUUUAUCCAAUCAAUUUAAAUGUUUACUAUAGACCAAAAGGAGAGAUUAUUAAAUUGUUUAAUGUUUAUACAGAGUAAUUAUAGGAAGUUCUUUUUUGUACAGUAUUUUUCAGAUAUAAAUACUGACAAUGUAUUUUGGAAGACAUAUAUUAUAUAUAGAAAAGAGAAAAAAAGGAAAACUAUUCCAUGUUUUAAAAUUAUAUAGCAAAGAUAUAUAUUCACCCAAUGCUGUUCAGAGGAGUGCUUGGGGUUUUUUGAAGUCUUUAAUAUUUUAAACCUAUUACUGACACAUCAGCAUGUUUUCUGCUUAAAAUUAAAUUUUUAUGGCAAUACUGAGGCUCGCUGUGACGAAUCCUGCUCCAGCACUUUCUUGUUUCUUAUUAGGUCUCAGAAGGAAGUCAGUUAACGUCACCCAAAAGCACAAAAUGGGUUUUAGUCAAAUAUUUAUUGGAUGAUACAGUGUUUUUUUAGGAAAAGCAUCUGCCACAUAAAUGUUCACUUCAGAAUUCUGAGUUGCUGGAAGGGAGUGUCGUUGCCAGGGCCCUGGAUGAUUUUGUUCUCUUUCGGCCUGUGCAUCCCCUGCAGUGUAAGGUUGACCUCGGUGCUAUGUGUGUGGCUUAUAGUUUGAUGGCUGUUUUGACUUUAAAGAUGGCUGUUAUUUUGUUUCGCUGAGUUGUGUAAUGUCAAGAGAGUCUGCUGUUUCUUCAAAGGCACAUUUUGUGCUCGAUUAAAAAUCCCCUUUCAUCCAUGGACGUUUUCCAGUCUCCUGCCUCCACAGUCUCUGAAUUCUCUGCGGAUCCAGUGAUACCCUUUCUCAUUCCAUCGGCCACUCUUCUGUCUAGUGUCACAGUUCUGAAAAAAAAAGAGAGAGAGAGAGACCUGUAGGAUUUCUUCCCGGGUACCUGUUUUGUCCCAAGCCAUAGAUAACCGUGGGAGAUGAGAGAGUGUGAGAAUUAAAAUAGGGUUUCCAAGUAAAACUACUAGUAAAAAAAAUGCUUCAACAAUUCAACCUAGACCUGAACAAGAGAUAUUUCAGUAAUAGCCAUGGAACAACAAGGAGCUAAUCUUUUUGAAGAUAGAUAAAGAGGGUGAUUGCAGGACUGUCCAAUGACAGUACCCACCAGAGCAAGGGUGAGUACACUUACACUUAAGCAGAGAAGUGCUCAAGUGUCCCACUGUGGACCGCCCAAACUCACGGGCCCAUCCAGUAAGUCGCUGAAGAAAAGCAUGCCCGGCCUUUCUUGGAAUUAUUUUUACCAAAUGAACAUCAAAAACGUUUUCUGCAGAAGACAUAAAAAGAUCCUAAUUAAAAAAAAAACAAAUUCUUUUGUAUACCAGGAAAGGUUUUUGAAAACCUACCUCAUUAAAAGCAAAACGAAACAAAACAGACUCAACACUUUGGAAUCUCCACAGGUGCCUUAUCUGUAGGUAAUUAUCACACCCCUACCCCAACCCUGAUCCCCAUGCUGACUUCUCCUUGCCACCGACAUUAAGUAGAUGAGGAAACGCUGUCCAAUGUCCUGAGAAGCUAGGACCCAGGGUCAGAUGACUGCAGCAGACCACAGUCAUUCGGAAGUCCCGCUGUCAACUGUUCCCAUUUCAGUGUAGGAAUCUUUCCAUGGUUAAUUAUUUGGUCAUUCCAAAACUGCAUCUGAGCUGUUGCAUGCCCUGUCGCUCGGCUAUAAUUUGGAACGAGCUGCAUAGCACUUCCUGAUCAGGUCACCCCAUAUCAUUAUUCAAGUGUAUUUUCAAAGAAAGUUAAAAAAAAAAAAAAAAAAAAAAAGGAUCAGGGCUUCUUGGCUGAUGCUACCCCGAGGGGAUGAGAGGGCUGUGUAUGAUUAUCUCCAACUCCAGAGGGACUGGUGCUUUGGGUCACAAACCACAUCAGGCGUGGCCUUUGUCUCUAAGUAGAGACAGCCUUUAAGGAACCAUCCUUUGAAGCAGAAGGACCCUGUGUGUGAGAAGGGCAUGGUGGGGCUCAGUCACUGGGUGAACGGGAAGCCAGAUAAAAGAACCCAGAGAUUCCUUCUAACCCAUUAGCUUACUGUGGGAAUUUACAUUAAGUCUAAACGCACCUUUGAAAGGCUACAGCCUUGUGUCUGGAUGAGCUGGCGUGAGCUGUGAGUGGCAACUUCUCUCCUGCCCAAGCUAUGCCUCGAGCUUUCUAAAAGCCCAUUUUUUUUUUUAAUGUUCCUUUAGAAAAACUCAAACUUCAUCAGAGUUCAAAAGUGAGCUCCUCAGGCAGUAGCCAACUGCUCUGUGUGUGGCAUAUCUUCAAGGUCAGAAUUUAACGUUGGGAUUGGUUUCCUGCAGUUGACUGAGCUGAGGUGUUUGGCCCUCCCUGAGGUAGAUAACUUCUUCUCUGGCUCUGACUGUACUUGGUUCCUACUGGGGGCUCCUGAGUACAUCCCUCUGGUGAAGCCAAAUUCAACUCCAGGCGUUUGGUCAAAUCAAUGUCAAUAAUAAAGGAGCAAAACUUGUUGGUCUUGCCAAAUGUGUGCGGGGGAAUGUGUGUUUGUGUGUGGAUGUUUCAGUGGAGACAUAAAAAUCUGUAAUUUUUUUUAGCACCUCACCAGACAUAACAAUUAGCUAUUAUCCUUUCGACAACACCACGAAGAUUGCAUCUGUUAAACAGGUUCAAGUUAUCAGGAGGUUAGUGUAAUUGUACACCAUGAUAUUGGUGGUAUUUAUGCUGUCAAGUCCAAAACUUUAUUUGUUCUUCUAAAUGUUUAAUAAACUGAUUUUUUUCCUUUUU